GUGGUCAAGGAGACAGUUAAUGCGCACAGACAAAGUCAUGUCACAGCUCUUAAAAAAAUAAAUGAAGUAAAGCCCGGUAGCAUCAUACUAACUUCCUGGAAGAGACUUAUCUUUUUAAGAGAAGUUCUCUUGCAGGAUAAAAGCUCAGAGUUCAGUGCCUAUCUCGCUUCCUGUAAGCAUCAAGCCAGAUACAUCGAGACAGGUGAAGAAAUGUCCAGCAAAACCUCUCUUUUUCUUUGGAUUUUUAUGAUCUCCUGCCACCUUCACCCGUGCACAGAAGGAACCCCAAGGUCUGUAUUAACAGCCUACCAGCCUGCUCACAUCAGUGUUCCAGUUGGAAGUCCGGUCACUCUACACUGCAGCUUCAACUACACAGAGGACCAUAAAAAGCUUGGAAAAUUUUUCACUCUGGAAGCAGAUGAGAGGAAAUACAUUAAGGAGAAGAACCAGAGUGUAGAUUGCAGUUCAGAUGUCCCACAUGCAGACCGUUAUGUGUGUAAAUUCUCCAUCACCACCGAAAACAUCAGGCCUGAGAAUGAGACUGUUUACUACUGUGAAGUGAAGAUACCGCUGUCUAACACAGAUGUGAAGGGCUCUGGAACAAGGGUUUCAGUUUAUGCUGAGCCCUCCACCACAGCAGUCCAGGUGUCCUCGCUCCUGGUGGCCGGUGAAGAAAACUCCCUGAGUUGCUCGGUCACAGGCUUCUACCCUGAGAGCAUCUCUGUCCUCUGGUUCCGGGGAGAUGCCCCAGCGCCUCUCAGCAGCACCAGCCCUGUCCUCACCAGUCACAGCAAUGGCACCUUCUCUGUGCUCAGCUCUGUGAGCUUCACCCCCACAGCCGCAGACCAUGGGGCUGAGUACAGCUGUGAGGCCUCUCACCCGGCCUGGAGACACAGCGUGAGGGGGAGCACUACCCUGGACGUCAAGUACGGGCCCAGGGCAGUGAACGUGACUCUCCUCUCUGCCUAUGUGGGCGGCCAGCAUGUGCUGUCCCAGAAUGCUGUGCGGUUGUCAGUGGGCGCCCCUCUGGCUGUGUCCUGCUCCGCUGAUGGUAACCCCCCGCCCAGGACAGAGUGGGUGAGGGCCGGUGAGGGGGUGCUGACAGGGGGGGAAACUGGUCCUGGACAGACCCCCUUGAUCGAGGCUGUGCAGAAGGAGCAUGAGGGGGUGUACUGGUGUGUAGCCGAGAACAGCUAUGGACAGAGGAACACCAGCUUCUUCCUACACGUUUCUGAAAGCCCAGUAGAUGGUUAUCCUUUCACCUGUGUUGUGAUAAAAUGUCUGGCCAUUGGGUUUCUCCUCGUCCUGGGCACUGCGGUGUGUAUCUAUAUCAAGAUUAAAAACCCACAAACCAGUCGGAUCUGAUACCCUGGAGGUUCUGUGACUCUGAGACUUUGUAAAGGUGGAUUCUCAGCACACAGCGCCAAUUGUGAAUACUCAACAGUGUCCUAUCAAACCCAUGCUGUAUAUAGAACAGCAGUCAUUCUUGCCUGUUACCUCUCUGCAAUAUGAGAUGGUGGAGCGGUGGCUC